AUGCUUUCUGUUUUUAUUUCUUUUGUAUGCUCUUCUUCUACUUCUUUCUUUCUUUCUUUCUUUCUUUCUUUCUUUCUUUUGCAUGGUCUUCUUUCUUUCUUUUUUUCUCUCUUUUCUAUCUUUUUCUCUUUUUCUUUUGUUUAUUUAUCUUCUUUCUUUCUUUUAUUCUCUUCUUUUCUAUCUUUUUAUGCUAAUCUUUCUUUUUUAUACUUUUCUUCUUUCUUUUUAGCAUUCAUUCUUUCUUUCUUUCUUUCUUUCUUUUGCAUGCUCUUCUUUCUUUCUUUCUUUUUCAUUCAUUCUUUCUUUCUUUUUUUUUUUUGCAUGCUCUUCUUUCUUUCUUUCUUUCUUUCUUUCUUUUGUAUGCUAUUCUUUCUUUUUUACUUUUCUUCAUUCUUUUUUUCUUUCAUUCAUUCUUUCUUUCUUUUGCAUGCUCUUCUUUCUUUCUUUCUUUCUUUGUUUUGCAUGCUAUUCUUUCUUUUUUUUUUACUUUCUUUUCUUUUUUUUUUUUUGCAUUCUUUUUCUUUCUUUUUUUAUACUUUUCUUCUUUCUUUUUUUUUUUCUUUCUUUCUUUCUUUUUCUUUUUUGCAUGCUCUUCUUUCUUUCUUUCUUUCUUUCUUUCUUUUUUUGCAUGCUUUUCUUUUUUUUUUAUACUUUUCUUCUUUCUUUUUAGCAUUCUUUUUCUUUUUUUUCUUUCUUUUCUUCAUUCUUUUUAGCAUUCAUUCUUUCUUUCUUUUGCAUGCUCUUCUUUCUUUCUUUCUUUCUUUCAUUCUUUCUUUCUUUUUUAUACUUUCUUCUUUCUUUUUAGCAUUCAUUCUUUCUUUCUUUCUUUCUUUCUUUCUUUCUUUUCAUUCAUUCUUUCUUUCUUUCUUUCUUUUGCAUGCUCUUCUUUCUUUCUUUCUUUCUUUGUUUUGUAUGCUAUUCUUUCUUUUUUUAUACUUUUCUUCUUUCUUUUUAGCAUUCUUUCUUUCUUUUUUAUACUUUUCUUCUUUCUUUUUAGCAUUCAUUCUUUCUUUCUUUCUUUCUUUUGCAUGCUCUUCUUUCUUUCUUUCUUUUUUAUUCUUUCUUUUUUUUUCUUUUCUUCUUUUUUUUUUAGCAUUCAUUCUUUCUUUUCUUUUCUUUCUUUCUUUUGCAUGCUUCAUUCUUUCUUUCUUUCUUUCUUUUCAUUCAUUCUUUCUUUCUUUCUUUCUUUUUCAUGCUCUUCUUUUAUACUUUUCUUCUUUCUUUUUAGCAUUCUCUCUUUCUUUUUUAUACUUUUCUUCUUUCUUUUUAGCAUUCAUUCUUUCUUUCUUUCUUUCUUUUUCAUGCUCUUCUUUUAUACUUUUCUUUUCUUUCUUUUUUUUUUCUCUCUUUCUUUUUUUCUUUUUUCUUCAUUCUUUUUUAUUCAUUCAUUCUUUCUUUUCUUUUUUCAUGCUCUUCUUUCUUUCAUUCUUUCUUUCUAUUCAUUCUUUCUUUCUUUUUUAUAUUUCUUCUUUCUUUUUUUUCAUUCAUUCUUUCUUUCUUUCUUUCUUUCUUUCUUUCUUUCUUUUUCAUUCAUUCAUUCUUUCUUUUCUUUCUUUUUCUUUUUUUUAUACUUUUCUUUUUAUUUUGCUCUUCUUUCUUUCUUUUUUAUACUCUUCUUCUCUCUUUCUUUUGUGUAUUUAUCUUCUUUCUUUCUUUUUAUUCUCUUCUAUUUCUAUCUUUUGUAUGCACUCUUUCUUUCUUUCUUUCUUUCUUUCUUUCUUUCUUUUGUAUGCUAUUAUUUCUUUUUUUAUACUUUUCUUCUUUCUUUUUAGCAUUCAUUCAUUCUUUCUUUUGUAUGAUCUUCUUUCUUUCUUUCUUUCUUUCUUUCCGGCGUAA